UGACUGAAUGCAGGACAUUAGUGACCUUCUCUUCCUGGUGUCCUCCCUGCCUCUUCCUAGCCAUGCACGGGACGUUUGUGGUUUUGCUGCCGCUCAGCCUGAUCCUGAUGGUUUUUGGGGGCAUGACGGGGUUUCUGAGCUUCCUCCUCGGCGCCUGUCCACUCCUCCUGCUCACUGGGACUCUCUUCCUCUUUGGAGCCCUGGUGACCCUGGCCGGGAUCAGCGUCUACAUUGCGUACUCGGCUGCCGCCUUCCAGGAGGCGCUGUGCCUUCUGGAGGAGAAGGUCCUUCUUGAGCAGGUGGACAUCCACUUCGGCUGGUCCCUGGCCCUGGGCUGGGUCAGCCUCCUCGCCGAGCUGCUCACCGGGGCGGCCUUCCUGGCGGCGGCCCGUGUGCUCAGCCUGCCCUUGCUCCCUGAGCUGCCGUCUGAGAGCGGGGAGAGGGGCACGCGAAGCAGACGCCGGUGGGGAGGGCUGCGGCGGUCAGCCAGGCAGAGUGCCGAGGAGGAGACAGGCCCGGAGAGGCCCGGAUAA